AUGCUCAGGAACUUCCACCUAAUUCUUUGGGCUAGAUUGACUGAUUCACUAAUCAUGCUCAAAGGACUUGCAGGAAUGAGCGAUAGUACUACUCCCAGGAUAGAAGGAACUGAUCAUGAAACUGCAUUUACACCCAUUUUGGAAGCAAUGAAGCAGGUUAGGUCUCAACAGGGAGAAAUUCUCACCAAGCCUUUCUUGGACUUGUGCAAAAUGAUUCUUCCCGUCCUAGACAAGUUUGGAACAUCAUUAUCGCCAGUAAAAUCCGAUGUGGGUGGAAAUAUAAAUAGGUUGAGUAUUGUGUAUGAGUCCAACCCAACCAAGUUCAACUUCCUCCAUAGUGUUGUACAGCCGGAGAUUGAAGCCAAAACAGCAAAAUCUUCCUCGAGUUGUACUAACGCUCUACUUUGGUUGACAAGGGCAAUGGACUUCUUAAUAGCGGUGUUUCAAAAUAUGUUGGAUCAUCCUGAAUGGGGAAUGUCACAAGUAGUCAUGAAGCUAGCACCAGAUAGGAAAAAAUUUGUGGAGGUAAUAGGAAGAGGGAAUGAGGAUCUUAAUAUACAAAUGAAGGAGUUCUGCACAAGAUUUUCACCUUUUCUUAGAGAAAAUCACAAGUUCUUGGUGAGAGUUGGAAUGGAUAAUCUGUGA